AACCCUACCUAGGAGGACCUAGGGAUGGUAGCUUAAACUUUAGAUGUCGAGCUCCAAAUUAUCUUUAAUCUUUCCCCGUUUCUCGCCUCACAUCUCCGUCUCCGUCUUCCGUCUCUCAACUUUCUUUUCAAAGCUCGUCGCGCAUAACAAUCUUACCGCGAGAGUUCCGCAAUUAUGGCGGAUUUUUUAAAGAACAUCGUUGGAGGAACCAAGGCUGCUGAUACUCCAGUUCCUUCUUCUGAUUCUGACUUUGCCGAUUUCGCCGACGCGCCUGCGCCUGCGCCAGCUGCUUUCGAAUCCACCGCUGGCGGUGCUACCCUUGGUGGCCCUGUACCUACUGGGGUUCCCUACACGAAGUGGUAUAAUAUUCAUGAGCGCUAUGGUUUGAGCGAUUUCAAGGCCGAGGGCGUCAUCUUGGCCGUCAUCGCGGUCGUCUUCACUCUCCAUUUCAUCGGCACCAAGCUUAACCGAGCGAAGGCGAGAGCAUGGAUCAAGGCGCAUGCCCCGGUCCUGACUAGCGAGUUUGCUGUCGUUGGUUUCGGUGGGACAUCGAAGCCUGACCAAGACCCUGAGAAGUUGAUGAAGGCGAAGAGUCUGUUCGAGUACGCAACCUAUGCGACUGGCCGACAGAAUGUCGCAUUCCUGGACGCUAAGAUUUCUCUAAAGAAGCGCUUCAACCCGAUCAUGACCUUCAUCGAGACGGCCAUGGGCUUCUUCUUUGACAGCUUCGGUACCCCCGAAGACUCGAUCGAGGUCAUCAUCUACCCCUUCGAUGGCAAGGAGGCGCAGAUCGUACCGGCUAUGCCCGGUGCUGCUGAGCUACGAGCCAAGGACUCCAAGAGCUCUUUCGAUGGGUUUGUCUGGGCUAUUGUCAACAAGGACAGGAUGAAGCAGCUUCGCGAAGAGCGAUAUGACCUGUCCAUCACCUUCACCAAGGACCACGCCAAGCUACCUCUCUGGGCAACCGUCAUGAGCGAGAGCGCCGAGGUCACCGAAACCCUCCUGACCAACGAGCUUGCCGCGGCCAUCAAGCAGGCUGGUGAACUAUUUGACUACAUCAUCGUCACCGACCAGCCCGUCAUCAAGCCCACCACCAUGGACGAGACUAUCCCCCGCAAGCGCCUCUGCCUGCGGUACCGUCUCCCUUCCUCCAACAGCUACGACGACCUCGUUCCGCUCCUGUCCUACUUCGUGCGCAUCCCCGACCACCUCGCCUCCUCAGCCCACUUCCGCCCCGAGGUCCUGCGCAAGAUCCGCACCGUCCGCGACGAGAACGUCAAGCACAUCCAGAAAGCGGCCGAGGAAGAGAAGGCCGAGGAGCGGCAGGCGGAGCGCGACAGGGCCAAGAAGGCCAAGCGCGACGCCGAGCUAAACGCCCUCGACGCCAAGGCCCAGAAGAAGUUCCUCGAGCGCGAGCGCGAGAAGGAGCUCCGCAAGUCGGCGAAGAAACAGACUGUGCGCGCGUAGUAUGUUUUCCCGCGCCCAAAUGACGGAUUUUAUUCCCCGCCGAGGCGAAUGUCUUUCUACUCGAUAUACGUACAUCUAUCUACAUCUACAUCUACAUCUAC